GGACAUGUGACUGAUAUCCAACAUCAUCUAAAUACAGCAUCCUCAGAACAUAUGCAAAUGAUUCUAAAGUCUCAUGAAGUAUUGGAGUUGAAGCAUGCAGAACUUGACAGGAAAUAUUCAGAACUAUACAACCAGAAAAGUAUUGUCGAGAACAAAUUCAAACAACAAUCGGAAGAGUUACAAGAAAUCAAAAAGAAGAAUAUAAAACUUGACGAGAGAGUCAAAGACUUGCAUAAAACCCUUGCAAUGCAGAAUGACAAGAUAAUAAAACUGGAACAUGAUUUGAAAGAGAAAGCUUUGAAGACAGAUGUAGAGAAAAACAGAACACUUGUACAUGCUGUUCAGGAGAGUUGUGCAGAGUUAACAACCCGGAUGGACCAGAUUGAAAGGAGACCAAUGGUUAGAUCUUCUGGUGGUGCAAACUCUAAGGACGUCGAUGAGUUACGUAAACAGCUUGUACAAGUAGGUACACAGCUUGGUAUGCAUGAUGUAAGACUUGCAGAACAGGAUCUACGUUUCCAAGUGUUAGAGACAGCUUCUUAUGAUGGGAUUCUGAUAUGGAAGAUCAAAGACUUCGCAAGACGUAAACGUGAAGCAUUGUCUGGAAUGACGUUAUCACUUUACAGUCAACCAUUCUAUACCAGUAAAUAUGGUUAUAAGAUGUGUGCCAGGGUGUAUUUAAAUGGUGAUGGUAUGGGUAAAGGUACUCAUAUGUCAUUAUUCUUUGUUGUCAUGAAAGGUGAUUAUGAUUCCCUGUUACAGUGGCCAUUCAGACAAAAG